UAUUUGCCGAGAGCAGCGCGACUGAGAAGGAGUCUCUAAACCUGGAAACAGUUUUCUCUGGAAUACUAAAAUCCUCAUUUCCAGCCGACCGGAAACCAGUGUUUCUGAGCUCGACUGGCUGGAUAUCGUCUGGACUUUAUUUCUCUUCGUGUCAGAGUAGCCGCUGUUAGUCAGAAUGCGCCUGGUGCAGAACAUGUCCACCAUAGCGGAGUACCCCGGCACGGACUGCCUGUCCAACCGGGUCAUCAAAAUAGCCGUGGUCGGGGGAAGCGGAGUCGGCAAAACAGCUCUUGUUGUUCGCUUCCUCACCAAACGCUUUAUCGGCGACUAUGAGAGAAACGCAGGCAGUUUGUACUCCAGAGAUGUCCAGCUGGACGGAGAGCAAGUGGCGAUCCAAGUUCAGGACACGCCUGGAGUUCAAGUAAACGCAAAUGGCCUUAGCUGCACUGACCACGUGACCCGUUCUAUCCAGUGGGCUGACGCAGUGGUCAUGGUGUACUCUGUAACAGACCAUCGCAGCUUUGACCUUAUAGGCCAGCUCCAUCAACUGGUCAGCCACGCACAUGCCGAGCGUUCAACACUCCCACCCAUCAUUCUCCUAGCCAACAAGGCUGACCUGCUCCAUGUCAGGCGGGUGGACGCCCAGCAGGGUCCCCUGCUGGCCUCUGCCCUCAGCUGCUUCUUCUAUGAGGUGUCUGCCAGUGAAGACUACAGCCAGGUCCACAGUGCCUUCCACAGGCUGUGUAGGGAGCUGGCCAAACAGCAGCCACUGCCCUCUCAGCCCUCUGUGACUGCAGCAGGGUCUGAAAAGAGAAGGUCUCCGCUCAUCCCCAGACCAAAAUCGCCAAACAUGCAGGACUUGAAGAGGCGCUUCAAGCAAGCUCUUUCCGCCAAAGUGCGGACCGUGACCUCCGUGUGAGGAAUGAAGAGGGAGAGAGAGCCGUGGCCCAUGUGGGGGUCAAAGAAGCCGGAAAAGCAAGGGACUGAUGAAGGCAGCUCAGCAGAGGAGAAGAGACCAAAAGGGCUGAAGCGGAGGUGAUCUUUCGGUUGUGUUCCUCAAAUACGCUCCUGAGCUCAGUCGCUGAUCAGCAGGCCACGCCUAAAUGAAGGCUGCUGAACUUUGAACUCUGAGCACAACAGUCACUGUCGCUGAAGUAAGAGGUCUUUGCAGAGUUUGGGACCUCUGACUUGUGAACUUUGACCUUCUUGGUGGUGGACACUCCACCUGUGCUGCUGUCAAUCACGGGAGAGCAGGUGAAGCUGGGAACUGGUGUCCAAAACUGCCUUAAAGAGGACGAAUGCAUCAGACACUUGGACUGAAUGAAACGUCAUGUACGCGCACACACUGAUUAAUACCUGCAGACACUUUUCUCCUGGCAACAGAGCUUGUGAAGGACAGAGGACUGAGUAUUUUUAGUGACUGUUAUAAAAGGCAAGCGAGAGUUUCUCUUGCAGUUUUUCUUUUGGUCAAGGCUUCGACCUCUUGCAGCAGAGGCGAACUGAAAGCAGGCAUUGUUAAAGGAGCGAGGCAGUAAAGCUGAAGUGCACAAUGUGUCUGUGUGCUUCACUUCUCACUGUGUGCAUUUGUUGGUUCUGUGUGUGUAUAUAUAAAAAAAAAAAAAAUCAGUGCCAAUUUUGUACAACUUUUUUUUUAAUGCACUUUAAAUUGAGCCAAAGGGCUAAGGCUUAAUAUAUUUAUUGGUUGAAAAAUAAAACUGUGUGAAUAGA